GCGGCGCAGGGCGGGGCCGCUUCCGCUCAGCGCUCGCCGCGCGUCGCCGCUGCCGAGGCCGCUGAGCCGCCGCCGCCCCAGGCCCCAGUCCCGGUCCCGGUCGGAGCCGCCGCCUCCGGACCGGCCCCGCCAUGUCGGCCCAGGCACAGAUGCGGGCCCUGCUGGACCAGCUCAUGGGCACGGCCCGGGACGGAGAUGAAACCAGACAAAGGGUGAAGUUCACAGACGAUCGUGUGUGCAAGAGCCACCUGCUGGAUUGCUGUCCCCACGAUAUCCUGGCUGGAACAAGAAUGGACCUGGGAGAAUGUACAAAGAUCCAUGACUUGGCUCUGCGAGCAGAUUAUGAGAUUGCAAGUAAAGAGAGAGACCUGUUUUUUGAGCUGGAUGCCAUGGAUCACCUGGAAUCCUUCAUUGCAGAGUGUGACAGGAGAACAGAGCUGGCCAAGAAACGCCUGGCUGAGACACAGGAAGAGAUCAGUGCUGAAGUGUCUGCAAAGGCAGAGAAAGUCCAUGAGCUGAAUGAAGAUAUUGGAAAACUCCUAGCUAAAGCAGAACAGCUGGGAGCUGAAGGAAAUGUUGAUGAGUCUCAAAAGAUCCUGAUGGAAGUGGAGAAAGUCCGAGCGAAAAAGAAAGAGGCAGAGGAAGAAUACCGAAAUUCAAUGCCUGCAUCCAGCUUCCAGCAGCAGAAGCUGCGUGUGUGUGAAGUCUGCUCAGCAUAUCUGGGUCUCCAUGACAACGACCGGCGUCUUGCUGACCACUUCGGAGGCAAAUUACACUUGGGUUUCAUUCAGAUCCGUGAGAAACUGGAUCAGCUGAGGAAAACAGUGGCAGAAAAGCAAGAGAAGAGAAACCAGGAUCGUUUGAGACGGAGAGAGGAGAGAGAACGAGAGGAGAGGAUGGGCAGACGGUCUGGAUCAAGAAAUAGAGAUCGUCGAAGGUCGCGCUCCCGGGAGCGGAGGCGGAGGCGCUCCAGGUCGGCCUCCCGGGAGCGGCGGAAGUCGCGCUCGCGCUCCCGGGACCGGCACCGGCGCCACCGGAGCCGCUCCCGCAGCCACAGCAGAGGCCACCGCCGGGGCUCCAGAGACAGGAGUUCCAAACACAAAUCUUCUAGAGAUCGAUCUUCAAGAGAAAAGUCCCGAGACAGAGAGAGGAAAGAGAAGAGCUCUUCUGAGAGGCGGCACGAGAGCACAAAUGGCAAAUCUCGUUCCAAGAGGUCAGAAGAGAGAGAAGCUGGAGAGAUCUGAACUCAAACGAUCUGUGUUGCACUGUAAAUAGUCUGAUAAACAUUCUACACAAAGCCUAAAUUUCCCAUUUAUAUUUACUGAAUACAACUCAUCUUUUGUAGUUUGGGAUUUUUAUUGUUUGGCAGAUAGCUGUGAGUUUGUAGAGACACAAGAGUUACGUACUGUUUAACAGGAUUUUGUUUUAGUAGGAAUAAAUAAAUCUGGAUGGAUGGUUUUCAGUCCAGGCCAGUGUGGACACCCCGUGUUUGUCCCGACGCAGCGAGCGCAGCGGUCGGGGUCACGCUGUGCCUGGAGCCCUGAGCUGCCCUGACCUUUGUAACGCUUCAGCCCUUUCCAAAAACCCACCUGACCCUCUGUGAGCACACCAGUAGCACUGGUUCUCAAUUAUAUUUUGUCCUUCUGUUUAUAUAUGUUAAAAAAAAAUCAGAUUUCUUUUUUUCCUUCCUUUUAGUACUUGGCCAUCUCAUUUUUAUGUCUCCAGCAUUUGAGUUGCCUCACUUGCCCAGCUAAGGCAAAACCAGACAAAAUUUGGCCCUGAUCUAUUCUGAAAGCUGUUUGAGGAUGACCAGAUGAGCUGAACCAUGUUUCUAAGCUGGACUCAGGUCUGGUUUUAGUACCUUUACAGUUCAGACAGCUGAGCUGGUGUGAGCAAAGCAGUGGGAAGCCUGGCUGUGUUCUCUAGAGCAGCACAGCCACAGCUCCUCUGCCUCUUUACCGUGCAGUCAGAGCUUCCUGCGGGGCGUUCUCCCCUGCCCACCAUAGCGCUGCUGCGUUUCCAAGGCCAGUCAGGCAAAGAGCCGAGGGCAGGGGCGGCUCGGAGCCCGUGCCGGUGUGUGCCCCCGGGGCAGCGGCCGUGUCCCCGCGGGAGGCCGCUGCUGCUGCCGCUCGCUGUGCCUCGGGCUGUCCCACGAGCGCGGGAGGCCUGCCCGUGCCGGCCCCGCUCCCCCUCGGUGCCAGGAGCCGGGCUGCCGCUCGUUAGCGCGGUUAAUUACCGCCGCUAAUGCCGCUCCCGGCCCCCCGCUCCGCUCUCUGCCUCCCCCGCCCGCGGUCCCGCCGCGGUGCUGCCCGCUGUCAGUCCCGGUGCAUGCCCCCUCCCUGUCCGUUUUUACGAUGAGCUCCGCGGUUUCUCGUGUUGUUUUUGUAACCUCCGUGUGGGGCGCGGGGGCGGCGGGCGCGGCUCGGGGUGCCUGUACGCGCCCGCGCUGUUCCCCGCGGUCUGAGCGCAUUAAAGAUCUGUGUUUGUGGCU